GGAGCAAGGCAUGGAGAGGAGGGGUCACUGCAAAGAGCACCCGAGCACAGGCUCCGGUCUCUCUUGCUCGCUGUGACAGCCAAGUGCCUCACUGAAAACCAGUGAGCUGGGACUUAAGUGGCCUCUGAUCUUUCUCACUCUUUUUCCCCACAAUUCCUCUCUUUUGGUGUUCACGUUUUCCAAGGAAGAGGCAUUUUCACGGACAGCUCUGGAACAGUAUCUUUCUGAGGAGGCAAGUGCUUGGCUGUAAUAUUUCAUUGCAGUCAUGGCCCCCAAGAAGAAGAAUGUGAAAAAGAACAAAGCAGAUAUCAACGAAACAACUAUCAUUGUGGAAGAUAGCCCCCUCAGUAAACUAAAUGGCUUGAAUGGACUCUUGGAAGGAGGAAAUGGUUUCAGCUGCAUCUCAUCUGAGGUUUCUGACCCAUCAUACUGCCCAAACCUCUUGGAAGGUCUAAGCAAAAUGAGACAAGAAAAUUUCCUUUGUGACUUGACUAUCAGUACCAAAACCAAAUCUUUCAAUGUUCAUAAGGUAGUGAUGGCUUCAAGCAGUGAAUACUUUCACAACAUCUUAAAGAAAGAUCCGUCCACUCAAAGAGUGGACCUCAAUGAUGUGUCCCCAGUGGGUCUAGCUACUGUUAUCACCUAUGCUUACACUGGAAAACUUACUCUCUCGCUUUACACAAUAGGUAGUAUUAUUUCCACAGCCAUUUAUCUACAGAUUCACACCCUUACAAAGAUGUGCUGUGAUUUUCUAGUCCAAGAAAUCAGUGUUGAGAACUGCAUGUACAUUGCAAAUAUUGCAGAAACAUACGGACUAAAAGCAACCAAGGAAGCAGCGCACAAAUUUAUUAGAGACAACUUCAUUGAAUUUUCAGAAACUGAUCAGUUCCUAAAACUUACUUUUGAUCAGAUUAAUGAACUUCUUGCAGAUGAUGACUUACAGUUGCCUUCUGAAAUUGUUGCAUUCCAGAUUGCAAUAAAAUGGCUGGAAUUUGACCAAAAAAGAGUAAAGUUUGCUGCCAACCUCUUAAGUAAUAUCCGUUUUGGUACCAUCUCGGCCCAAGACCUUGUCAAUUAUGUUCAAACUGUGCCAAGAAUGAUGCAAGAUGCAGACUGCCACAAGCUCCUGGUGGAUGCCAUGAACUAUCACUUGCUUCCCUAUCACCAGAAUACACUUCAGUCCAGAAGAACAAGGAUCCGUGGAGGUUUCAGAGUCUUAGUCACUGUUGGGGGACGCCCUGCUUUAACAGAAAAGUCUCUUAGCAGAGACAUCUUGUACAGAGAUCCUGAAAACGGAUGGAAGAAGCUAAGUGAAAUGCCUGCUAAAAGUUUUAAUCAGUGUGUCACAGUGAUGGAUGGAUUUCUCUAUGUGGCUGGUGGGGAAGACCAGAAUGAUGCCAGGAACCAAGCCAAGCAUGCAGUCAGCAAUUUCUGCAGAUAUGACCCUCGUUUCAAUAGCUGGAUUCACUUGGCGAACAUGAAUCAGCGGCGCACGCACUUCAGCCUGAACGUGUUCAAUGGGCUCCUCUUCGCGGUGGGAGGCCGCAACUCCGAGGGCUGCCUCUCCUCUGUCGAGUGCUACGUGCCUGCCACUAACCAGUGGCAGAUGAAGGCCCCGCUGGAGGUGCCGCGGUGCUGCCACGCCAGCGCCGUGGUGGAUGGCCAGAUCCUGGUCACGGGAGGUUACAUCAAUAACGCUUACUCUCGCUCCGUGUGCAUGUACGACCCCAGCAAAGAUAGCUGGCAGGACAAGGCCAGCCUCAGCACCCCGAGGGGCUGGCACUGCGCAGUGUCCCUUCUGGAGAGGGUCUAUGUCAUGGGUGGGUCUCAGCUGGGGGGGCGAGCGGAGAGGGUCGAUGUUCUCCCUGUGGAGCGUUACAGCCCGUACACGGGCCAGUGGAAUUACGUGGCGCCGCUUCAAACCGGAGUUAGCACGGCUGGCGCCUCCACCCUCAACGGGAAAAUUUACUUAGUGGGUGGCUGGAAUGAAAUAGAGAAAAAGUACAAGAAAUGCAUUCAGUGCUAUAACCCAGAUCUCAAUGAAUGGACAGAGGAAGAUGAGCUGCCUGAAGCCACUGUGGGCGUAUCUUGUUGUACUAUAUCCAUGCCCAACACCAAGACGAGGGAGUCCAGGGCCAGCUCAGUCUCUUCUGUCCCAGUCAGUAUCUAAAGACAGGUCUAACCAGCAAUAAGUAAAAAUGUUUACCAGCACGGCAAUAUAAUUAACCCUUUAAGUAGAAUUUUUGUGCUUAUAUAGAAAAAAAAAUCAUUGGCUUUGCAAAUGUGCUUUGUAACAGUGCAAACUGGCCGGUUUUCAUGAACUUUAGUACAGGUGGCAUGAAACAGCACAUUAGGGAUAAGAUCGAUUUUCUUAGCAGGAAAAGAGAGUUAACCCAUAACCAUGAAUUUCAUUCUCUUCAUGACUUUGCCACUGACUUACUAUACUCUUUGUGGCAAAUAAUUCAAUUUCUUUAUUCCUUGGUUUCCUUACCUGUAAAAUUGAGAUAAACUUGCUUGAGAAGUUUGUUAUGAGGCUUUUUAUACAAAUUUUUAGACACUUUCAGAACCCAAAAUGAAAGUCAAAUAUGACUAGUAGUAAAUCUCAAUAUAGAUCAGAAGUGUGCCAUGUCAUCAUAACAUUGACCAGUUUUGUUCUUUUCUAAGUAUUUUCUAUUUUCACAAACAGAAGGGGGAAAAAAAAGGCAAACCAAAAAUACCACACAUAGCACGUGCAUACUUUCCUUUUGGUGCAGUGGUAUUCACAAAAACUUCUCAAAGCAUUUUCUCCUUCAGAAGGUAGAAAGAGUUCCUCAUCUUCUGCCAUGAAACCCUUUAAUUCCUGUAUCAAAUGCUGUGACAUGGCUUUCAAGAUCUGAAUCCACAAAAUAGUGUAGCUCCCAUAAGCACUAUGGGCCAGCCCCAAGAGGCUCCUUUGGGUGCCAGAUGGCUCUCCUGACCUGUGUACACCAGGCAACAUCACCUCAUCCUCCUCCUCAUGCCAGGGAGACACCCCUCUCAUUCCAGGUGGAAAAACCUCGAAGCUGAGUUCAUGCCAGGAGACACCUAGGGCUAAUGGCAUGUGAACAUGGGGAAGAUGCACAGAGCAAACUUCCUUACAUUACCCCAGCAAAUAACCAGUUGGAAUGAGGAACAAAGAUGGAAUAAAGACUUCAGGAUCUGCCCUUCAGAAUUUGUGUGGAAAACAGGAAAUCAUGGGAAAACUCCCUUAGAGAGUUUUAGAAAUAAAGAGAUACCUUAACACCUUUCUUGCCAGGUGUAGGCACAACAACACCCAAAGUAACCUUCUCCUGGGUUACAUAAUGCAUCUCCUUCUGAAGUCUUCAUUAGAGCCCUUUCUUUAGAGAUUUCAUUCAUAUUAUUCCAAAGGCUAGACUAAUGCUCUGUGUGUUGAAGUUUUCCCAGGAGUCUUCAAUCAACUUAGUUUGCCUCCAAGAACUUUUCUUCCUGAUUUCAGCAUGAGGUGAGGGAAUUAAGCAUGAAACCUAAUCCUGUUCCCAUAGCCAAAGGGAAAUGCAGCCCAUCAUGUCCUGUGAAGAUUUGAUACUGAAGGACUGCUGUCAGCACAAAAUGUCUACAUCAGCAUGAAAUGUCUACAUCCUUCUUUUGGGGAGGAAAGACAGAAUACAAGGAAUUAAAAUGAUUUAUUAUAACCAGAAGGGCACUCACCUUAACCUAUUCAUGGAGGCUUCACAUUCACUUUCCUCAAAUUAUCAUUGACAGCUCCAGGCUUCAGUGCCAAUGAGAAGCCAUGCUCUUAGCAACGCUUAUAAGGCAGACAAAUUUUUAUCUCAUUUGCAAAAAGGGAACACUAUAAAAUUGUCUGUCAGUGCAGAUGUUGUCGAGACAAGCAUUUUCAGGACUCAAGCUCUUUGUAGCUUUGUUAAAGCUGCAUAUUGAGGAUCAGCAUGAGCGUGACAUGGUAUUAGAGAUGAAGUAAUUCACUCUGUUGGUUGGGAUUAAACUCCAUGGUACUCAGUCCUGUUUUCCAGUUCUAACUUAGAGUUCAUCUUUGCAUCCCAAAUACACAAUUUUAAGUUUCAAAUUGUAUUUUUGAGUGCUGCAUAUUAUUAGAAUAUACUGUCACCAAUGACUUGUGGUCAGAGUAGCACUGUCUUAUAAUUUUGAUUCAUUUAAUUGGCAUAUAGUUGUUGCAGAAAGAGCUGUUUGUCGGGGAUGAGCCAUUUGUCGGGUGCGGGGGAAAACUCGGACACUCAAUAUGAGUGUUCAGCAAGUUCUGUUUAUUGAAGAGAGCAUCAGACACUUAUACAGCAAGUAAUAAGUUAUGAAUAUUCUGUAAGCCAAGCAAUCUAUUGGUUAAACUAUACCAUCAACUCUUCCUCAUUCUUUUGGGCCUACAUUCCCUAUUUCCCACGUCUCUCUGUCUACUUGUUAUCAUACCCAGCUAGGCCCAAGGACAUGCUAUCUUGCAGGUGCAGGACUUGGAAUUAGCCACGGCCUUGUACUUUUCCAAUCUCUGGCUAGCUAAAAUCCCAACAUAUAGUUGUUCUCUACUCUGUGUAAUUCAAAUAAUAACAAAUGUGGAACAGUGUAACAGAGUAGUCUUACUUUAAGUAUGAAAAUUCUGUUCUUGCUCCUUCAGUCACCAAAAGCUUUUACUGAAGGAGAGAAAAAAAUUCUCUUUUCCCAAGUCAUGACCACAUGUUCCAUAUGAAUGCAUUUAGGAAGUUCUUUAGAAAUAACCAUCUGUUCCAAUAUUCUUUUGUAAUUUUUUUAAUCCAUCCAGUCCAAUGAAGACACCUGUACAAAUUCAAUUAUAACUGUAUUCAUGGUGUAGUUACAUAGUAUUUAUAACAUAUCCAUGAGGCUGUAUUUAUGAAUUGAAAAAACAACUAUUAUGGCCUCGAACAGAUAUUGGAUGGAAUUGCCAUAUGCAAGUGUCUCUUUUUCCCUUUAGGAAUUCAGUUCCAAAAUGCCAUGAAUAUUCAGACAUUGCUGCAUGCUUUCCUGUAUAUGAUCUAGCACUUCAUGUACAUCAACAACCAUCUUGCUUUUGAGCAGUAAAUUAUUUAUGAAUGAUGGGCUAAGUGCAAUGAAACCUCUCUCUUACUACUUAAAGGGUUAAAAACUUUGGGGGCCAAAUCCUUUUCAUCUUACUCACAAAAAAGGUUCCACUGACUUCAGUGGGACUGCUGAAUAAGAUGUACAGGAUUUUGAACUCUUGGCCAAAUUCUGGCAGAACAGGAGAUGAAAGUGUCAUACCCAGAAGGAAGACUGCUGCUCUGCCUCCAGUGCCCUUGGCCAUGACAAAUCCGUGAAGACAUGUCCUAGGACAGGAGUCAAAUACCACUGGCCACGUGUUCCUUCUGUAGCACAAGUUAGGUACAUAUUUCCGGCCAAAAAUCUUAGGUAGAUUAACAAAUUGUAUUGUUACCAAUAGAACACUACAGUUUGGCUUUACAUUAUUUUCUCUAAACAUCUGUUUAGGCUUCAACUGCACAUUGAGCCAGGAUUUGGCCCUUAAUAUGUGACACUGUUAGCUGGACUUAAUAUUAUGUUGAAUCAUGCUACAUACUGAGCUAUUUGUGACAUUUUAUGUGUGACCUUCUUUUGUUAGAACUGUGAAAAUUACUUUUAUGUUCUGUUUUAUGGGAUGGUGUUCUUUAAUUGUCUGGUACCAUAUAUUCAAUCUCUACAUGUUUAAUAAUGACAUCUCAGUUGAACUUGAAAUACUGUGUGUACCAAAAAGAAGUUUUAAAGUGCAAGGAAGUACUGUAUGUGGUAAUAUUAAGUAGAGCAGAGGACUUCCAACUGUAUGAAAUGCAGACUGUUAAAGCACUAGGGAUCUUCUUUAAUGCUAUAUUAGUAAUAGGAAAAGAAAACCCAAACAAAACAAAUUAAUGUAAGCUGUUAUCCUCAAAAUUCUAUAUAAAACGCCCAUGCAUUUUGUACUUCAAAUAGCUGUGCUUCAAAUUCAGAUCUGAGAAAGAGCCUUUCUUCAGUGUGUGAGAGAAGCAGUUUGCAAGGGUUUGUUUUCUUGUUUAUUCCUGACUGUUAGUUGUAUGGGAGAGUGUGUUAGAGAUUGUGAGGGAGGAACUUACUGUUGGAAAGUUGUGCUGAAAGGAAGAUGUUGUAUUUAGUUCUUAACCAAGACGAGAUCAUGAUCAUUUAUUCUCUUGAAGUUAAACUGCAAGAUCAUCUGUGGAUCAGUCAAGAGUCCAGUAAACUUGAAUCUUUCAAAGAGGGAAGCAGGCAAAAUUAGCAUCAACCAAGCUCAGUGAGGUCUCAAAAAGGGCUUUGUGUUGAGAUUUUUAAAUGGCAGUUCUUGCAGGAAAAAAGGAUGCAAGGAAUGAAAUGACUGAGUAAGAACAUUUAUAUUAUCCUGAAACCUAGAUUAGUUUACCUCACAGUUCUAACUCUUACCAAAUCAUACUGGGUUUGGGAGCAGGUUUUCCUUAGCAGCUGGCUUGGUAAUUCUAGUUGCAAACCCAGCAGUCACACAAAUAGUUGUAUGAGCAUGCAUACCUUCUUGCAUUCAGAGGGACUUCUGCUGCAGAAGUUACUCUCUAGGAUUUAUAUUUGGAAAAAUAAAAUAUAAGAACUAAAUCCAUGAGCAGGCAAACAUCAAUGUCUAAUUAAAGCCAAUAUGAGGGUGUUAGACUGAUCCUCAACAUCACCAUUCACUUACCAUACCAGCCCAUGGCAUUUUCUGAGACUCAAUUACUAUAUAAGGAUAAUAUUUCCUGGGAAUGGCUGUUCAAUGAAAUCCUAUGUGUACUCCAAAGGUUUAUUUUGUGCCACACACAGGAUGGGAAGUGCUGUAGUCCAUGGAAAAGCCAAAAUGGACCCACUUAGAGCCAUAAGCAAAAUAAGAUUUUGUUCCGAGUCCUCAAGGAUGUUUGAGAAAAAUGUGCUGGAAAGAAGCACCUACUUGAACAUAUUCCUUUCCAUAAGCAGCUUUGCUUAUGUUCCAGUACUGAGAUUUUCAUCAUCUUUCUGAUAGAAAGCAAAUAUCAAUUUUCAAUUGUCCGUAACUUCAGUUCUCAGUUGAACUGAAUUUUCAGUCUGUUUUAACUGUUUAGCCAAGCUGGGAGAUCUUUUUCAAAGUCUGAAUUCACCUGCUCAGAGAAUACAAUUGGAACCAGUAGUCCUACUAUAGAUUCUUGACCUUUUUACAAUGAAUCCUCUCUUUUGUCAAAGAUUUGCUUUGUAUAAGUACUCAUUGUAAUGAGUAUAAGCACAUUGUAAUGCACAGAUUUAUACUUUGGCUUCUCCUUGAAAGAGGAAGAUCUCUUGUCUCUUUUAAUUUCUCUUUUCUUAUCCAUAACUGAAUGACUAUCAGAGCACCAAAGAAGAUGCACAGAUGUGAACAGUACAUAAAAACUCAACUGUGAAUCUAUAAAAAUCUCAUUGCUGGUGGCAACAAUAAAGACAAGGAAACAUUCUGAAAUGCCUGCUGGAUAAAAAGGGUGAAACAUCACAGAAUCACAGAAUAUUCUGAGUUGGAAUGGACCAUAAGGAUCACAGAGUCCAACUUUUAAGUGAAUGGCCUGUAUGGGGAUCACACCCACAACCUUGUCAAGAAAUGAGUUGCUGGUGCUCAUUUGCAAGUGUGACCCUGCACAGAGCUCUGUUCCCAGAAGUUCCCUAAAGAAUAAAGGAAAAUAUAUGCAAUUCUAUACAGCUGGUGUGAGAGAUUUGGUUAAUACCAGAUAAGUUUUGCCAUGCCAAAGACAUACUUGUCUCAAUGAAAAUUUUCAGUCACAAUAUAGGCAAUUAAUAAAGUUAUAAGGAAUAGGCAAUUUCUAUUGGUAAGAAUGGGAACACACACAUUUAGAUACACUGUGAAUGGAAGAUGUUGUUACUCUAAUUGCAGUCUUAUCAGUUUCUUUAUUGACAAGAAAAGUUAAAAAUAUAACUUAUUUGUAUAAAGCAUUUUCCUGGCUUAUAACUGUUAGAUUGCUUAUACAGAAGGGUUUUCUAAGUGUACACUUUAAAGAUGGACUGUGAUAACACAAGGGAACAUAAUACAACAGAAAAAAAAUCUGUAAGUGUAAUGUGAGAAUGUUACAACUUAAAAACUAAAAUUUGUGGUGCAGCAAGUUGUCAUUAAGAGGAAAACAGCAUGUUGGUAUUUUUCAUUGUGUGCUUUAAAUAAAACUGUUGACACAUGGCACAAACAAA